UGAAUUCUUAUUCCCAAGUGACUGACUUCGGCUUACGGAACAUCCUUGUAUUAUUUGUCAAAAUCUAUUUUUCAAAAAUAUUAUAGUUCCUCACUCGCGGAUCAACAUUAACAAUUCUCUUAUUAUUAUCCGCCAUCCAUUCCAAAGUUUCACGUGUCAAUUCCUCCACCUCACGAAAAUUCAAACGAACAUGUAUGCAAUCGGAGAAUGCGGACAUGCGGACAUUCUGCGUCACACCGGCACGUGGACGAGAUAUAAUUUCGCACCGUGGCAUCGGGUCGCUUUCCACGUGUGCCCUAAAAUUGCCGGUGAUCAUCCGCUUCUGUAUACGUAAGAAUGAUAUCCACCCACAUCAUCGCGGGCAUCGCGGCAUUAAGGGACCAUCGCAAGUAAAUUAAGUAAACAGAGGAAGAGAAGGGACGGGAUGAGAGAAGGGCGCGCGUUCCAUCCCCUGCACGCGAUGGAAUGCCCCAGGACGGAUGCUGUGAGGGUGUUGAGAACGAGAUCAAGAGGCUCGGCCUCGACGACGUAAGAAAAAGUAGACGGCGCUUACUCAUUACUCUAUGGAAGAUUGCAGACUCUAUUUCUGUCCGGAUCGCACAAUUGGGGCAGCUCCGUGGGGUGGUGAGAGGGCGACGAUAAACGCGAUCGUUGAGGAUCGAGCGCGGGGGCGAAGACGGGGUACAAAUGGUGGACACCCCGUAGAGAGGUGUAUAUUAGACGCAGUGCGCCGCGACGCACGGAUCAGAAGGACGUCGGACGUCGAUCGAGAGAUCUGAUCGAGAAAUAAUUCUUGCACGACCGUCGGGAAACCAAGUGUUCGGAAGAGGAAUCUAGCCAUGAUGAUGCAUCGGCAGCAGAAUAACCAAUCAUCAUCGUCCAACGACGAGUUCGCGAUGUAUCCAUCAGCCGUGUACCAUUCCUCGUGUUCGACGCUACCAUCGUCGACAUCGACGUCGUCGUUGUCAUCGUCGUCAUCGAGGUCGUCGACGGGAUCGUCCUGUCCCCUACUGGUGUCCGUCCUCACGUGGUCGCUGACGCUUUUGUUGAUCUCGUCCUGCAUCGGUCUGGGCGCGGAUGCCGCCACCCUCAACGGCCAUCCCCUGGGCAAAAGGUCGUUCUUCGACAUCCAGUGCAAGGGCGUGUACGACAAGAGCAUCUUCGCCCGUCUGGACCGCAUCUGCGAAGACUGCUAUAAUCUCUUCCGGGAACCACAGUUGCACAUGCUUUGCAAGCAAGACUGCUUCAGCACACAAUACUUCACGAGCUGCAUCCAAGCGCUGCUGCUUGAGGACGAGAAGGAAAGGUUGCAGGAGAUGGUCGAGUACCUAGGUCGCAAGAAACGGGAGUAAACGGGACAUGGUCGGAGCAACGACGCGCCGCACCACGAAGGAGACACAUCACGCCGUACACAUACCCUCACACAAAUGCGCACACACAACACACACAACACACAUACUUAAACACAAUCACGUAUGCAAGACCAAGAAGGAGGUCGAUGCAGAAUGCGGUCUCGAAAAGAACUACGAGAGAGAGAGAGAGAGAGAGAGAGAGAGAGA